ACAACAACGGCAGUACUUCAACGAUACAGUCAAAGUGGGCAAAUGAAAACGUCGGGAAACGAUGCUGCAGCCAGAAACAGUCCGACUUCUAACAGAGGGACAAAUGUUAGUAAAAAGCAGCGAUGUAGGAAACACACAGGAGCCGGGGCUCAGUGAGCCAGAGGAGGGAAACCCGUUCAACUUCACCCCGCAGCUCAUCCGCCUGCAGCAGGACCACCAGCUGUUUGAGGAUGGAGACAUUCACAGACACAUGUAUCUACAAGAUCUCUACGUCUCAGAGACAGACGACAAAACAACCCUCAGUGUGUCAGAAUUCGCCUGUCACAUUUCUGGCUGCAGUGCGGUCUUCAGCACUUUAGAGGAGUACGAGCACCACUACAACUCCCUGCACAGACACGUGUGCUGCUCCUGCCGGCGCUCCCUGCCAAGUGCUCGACUCCUGGACAUUCACAUUCAGGAGUGGCACGACUCCCUCUUCACUAUCCUCGCCCAGAGACAGGAUAUGUACCAGUGUUUGGUGGAGGGCUGUGGACAGAAGUUCAGGACGAGUCAACACAGGAAGCAACAUCUGAUAAAAGUUCACAAGUAUCCCCCAGACUUCAGAUUUGAUAAAACCAAAAAGGACAGGGGGGAGACAAAGAGACCACAGCAGAAAGACACAUCCAUGGAGGUAGCAGAGAGUGUGUGUGAGUCUGAGGGUGUGUGUGAGGUUAUGUGUGAUGUGCUGUCUGACCAACCCGAGCACGGGGAAUCCAUGGAGACGCGAGAUGUGUCGGAGGAAGAGGCUGCUCGCGCGGCUACAUCUGCCAUUACUGAGGAUCAUGCAAACCUCUCUGCUGCUGCUCACAGCGCGGCGAACACAAGCUCUCAGCCGCUGAAACCACAAUACUCCUACAGGGUCCCUACAAACGUGUGCUUCGGUCACGGCUCAGUCCGAGGCUUCAGAGGGCGACGAGGAAGGAGGAAAUGAUGAAAAUCCAGAUUUAAACUUUCUCUUCUUCAUGAUGUGUACAUUUAUACCCGUGCUGGGUAACACAGUAUAUUCAGAAUCCUAUGUGUCGGCCUUAAAAUAAAAUGUUUUUAUAAAAUAUAAAGUGUUGUGUAAAGGAAUUUAUCUACAGGAUGAAGAAUAAGUAGAGUUGUGUGUUCUACUCUGCUGUGUGGCUCCCGUCUCACAAAGCAUCCUUCCUGUUACUGCAUCACUGUUGUCUUCAUUUUUAACAAGCUUUUUGUCACAUCAGCUCCUAAAAAGUAUAUAUUGACCCUGAUCUGGUUAAAAGUGUGACUUUAAUCUAAAUGCACGUGUUGUACAUUUAAAAGAAUGACUGAAUGCAGCUCGAUGCUGUAUCUUUAAAUUACACGUCAUGUGAAUGUUUUCAAACUAGAAAACUUUAUGGGGGACAAAAAAAAAGAAAAAAAAAACAAUGUUUACAUAAUAGAUUUUAAUAAAGUACAAAACAACUUUUCACACAUCAAAUAUAUAAAAUAUUCUGUACAUUAAUGACUGAUCGUCGUCCGUCAGUCAUGUUGAGCAUUCUGAGUGUUUGCAAAAAUAGUUAAAGACCUUUAUUUAUUUUACAUGUAGUGAUGAAUCUGUCUGUGGUCUUGGACUUAUAAGAGCUCUUUGAACAUCUGUGCAAAUCGAAAAAUCUCCCCUUUGAGGUAAAAUUAAAUUGAACUGACAACAGUAAAUAUUUGUCCAACUGAGAAAAAUAAUGAAGAAGUUAGAACCAGAAAGUGUAUGACUUAUAGAUUGUAAUUGUAAAUUCACUUUGAAAGAUCUCGUGGCUGAUAUAACAUUGACCAAUUCACUGUGCAAUAUUCAACAGCUUCAUGUUUUAAGACGAAUCCUCUAAAUAAUGUUUUUAAUUUCAUCACAAAAGCAACAAAA